AUGGGUCUCACACCUGUACACUUUUUCUCUCAUGGCUCCACUCGUAUGUUGGAGGCUGAGACUGAAUCUGGAGAGUAUUGGGAGAAAUGUGGUCAAGAAGCACUUGCCCAUGGUGUCAAAGGAAUAAUUCUAAUGGGUGCGCAUUGGGCUUGCGUUGGAGACAAGAUUGAAGUCGCCACGAACCCAAACCCAGGCAAAAGCUUUUGUCCCUUCGUCACCCCGUCUUUGUACAACGACUGGAAGCCAAAUCCCGACAUUGCUGGUGCCGAAAGAUGUAUCUCUAUGCUCGCUGCCGAAGGGUUCAAUGUUGGACCCAAUCCAGACUUUGAAUGGAUACACGAUACAUUUAUGGUCUUGAUCAGAAUGUUCCCAGACGCCACGAAAUGCCCACCGACCACCAUUGUCUCCAUGAACGCACGAUAUGACCCAUGGUAUCAUGUCAAGGUUGGUGCAACUCUUCGUUCUCUACGAAAGGAAGGCUAUUUGCUGGUGGGUACCGGCGGUGCAGUGCACAACCUUUACCGAAACUACUGGACGGAUAUGCUCCUCUACCGCGAGUCCUUGGGUCAGGAGAAGCCCCCGGAGGCAUGGGCUCUCAACUUUCGGCAGGCAACCGAAGAUGUCAUCACGAAGAACCGAGGUCCAGCAUUGAGAAAGGCUAUGAUAAGGUUGAUGCAGCACCCGGCAUAUCGUGAGGCUCAAGCCACGGAUGAUCAUUGGAUGCCUGCAUUGUUUGCCGCUGGGGCUGCUGGAGAUUUCGAAGACGAAAGCGAACCCAACGUUCUUGCUGCUGAGACGUGGGAGUUGAGAAACAUGUGCAAUUCACAAUUCACCUUCGGAUCCUAUACCACGGAUUCUGAUGGGAAGGGCUUUACGAGGGAAGGCGAGAAGAUACCGCGCCCAAGGAUGGUCACAGCCGCCGCCUGA